UUUUUUUUUUUACUUUAUGCUUAUUCUUAGUUUUAUGGAGGAGGACCAUCCUUUGAAAGAGAUUAGGUGAUUUCACAUUUUUAGCGAUACGGUCAUUUUGUGUACAAAUGUCUGUUGUGAAGACAGAAACGUUUAUUUAUUUAGCUGAUGCUUUUAUCCAAAGCAACUUAGACGACUUUUUCUAUUUACAGUUGGAGCAAUGGAGCAAUCUCAGGUAAGUAGAGUUCAGAGGCACUACAGCCAGGUGGGAUUCGAACCCGUGACCUUUGGGUGCAAACGCAUCCAUCACCGUCUCCUGACACAGUUUGGUUUUCAAGUGUUUUAAAUUGUUACCGCUUCUAGUUGACGUACGUCGUACGUUAAUUGUACUGUAAUUGCAGUAAGCGCAGAAUGACACCAUAUCCCAGAAGAGAAAGAGAGAAACGCGCUAAGCCGCAGCGCCCUUCAGGAAGAACGGAGGGACCAGGCGACGCGCUCUUCCGCAAACCAUCCAAAUGCGCGCGCUGUGCGCGAGAGAAUGAGCUCGUUAGCGCGCGCACCUUGGCUACACUCCCCCGCUCUCUCUCUCUCUCUCUUUCUCUCUCACGCUCGUGUAGUACUUCAGCAGGCCGUGCGCUCGACGUCACUGUCCCACGCAGCCGAUCCCGAAACGGAAACCCCUCCCGACGGUGGAGUCCGGGACCCCGCAGCCCAGGAACCCGUCGGGCCCGGAGCAGGGAAGCGGAGAGCAGCGUCCAGCGAAUACAAACAAGGCUCCAGUAGGAGAGAAGACCUCGGGGAAAGGCGCCGACACACGACAAAUAAAUAAAUAUAAUUGACCCCCGCUCCUCCUCCCCGACAGCAGCGGCUGAACAUCCUGGAAAAUCCUGCGCCGCCGGUUAAUGGACGACGUCCACUCUGCCCACCUUGCUCACAGAUUUUCCUGCGAUUGAAAGAGGUGUCCGACAUUAGGCUCGGCGCUAGCCGUCGACUAGCUGGCAGCGGGACCGGAGCGCUCCUCCUCAUGCUCUCCUCCUGGGUGUCGCUCAGCGUUUAAGGACAUGCGGACCUGAAGAUUUCCCCUGUUUUCCCUGAACACGGCACACUUUUGAGAGAAGAUGGGCUUUGGACGUGAUUUGCGCAAUUCCCAUGAGGGCCUGGUGAAGCUGCAGGACUGGGAGCUGAAGCUGCUGGAGACAGUGAAGCGCUUCAUGACGCUGCGGGUGAAGAGCGACAAGGAGUAUGCGUCUCUGUUGCUCAACAUCAGCCAGAAUGUGGACAGGCACGACAGCGUCGGACAGGUGGACCACGUCAGCAACGUUUCCAAGUCCUGGGCCAGCCUAGUACAGCAAACGGAGCAGUUGAGCAAGAUCAUGAAGUCCCACGCUGAAGACCUGAACUCGGGUCCGCUGCACCGGCUCAGUAUGAUGAUCAAGGACAAGCAGCAGGUGAAGAAAAGCUACCAGAGUAUCCACCAGCAGAUUGAGUCAGAGAUGAAUAAGGUGACAAAAAGUGAUCUGGAAAAGUUAAAAGGCACAUAUAGACAAUUAACAAAAGAUGCCAACUGUGCCAAAGAAAAAUUCAAAGAAGCUGUUGUAAAAGGCAAGGAGACCGAUAAGGCACGUGAGCGCUAUGACAAGGCCACGAUGAAGCUGCACAACCUGCACAACCAGUAUGUGCUGGCGGUGAGGAGUGCCCAGCUCCACCAGGAGCAGUACCAUGACACCACGCUGCCCCUCCUCUUGGACUCGCUGCAGAAGAUGCAGGAGGAGAUGAUCAGUGCAUUGAAGGGGAUUUUGGAGGAAUACAGUGAAAUAACCAGCCUUUUAUCUGAUGAAAUAGUAAAAGUUCACAAAGAGAUUCAUACCUCCAUAGAACAAAUUGACCCCCUCUCAGAAUAUGAGCAAUUCAUUGAAACCCACAGGUCACAGGAAGUCAGAGAGCCAAGAGUGGAGUUUGAUGUCACACUACUGGAGGAAACGGAGAAUCUGCAGGCCAAUGAGAUCCAGUGGAAUAAUUUAACUGCAGACAGUUUACAGGCAGUGUUAAAAUCUACGUCGGACGAACUGUCCCUCACGCAGCAAAGCCUGCAUACGAAAGAAGAUCUCAUGCAGGACCUGCAGAGCAAGAUUGAGGAGUCUGUCAAGACAUGUGAAAAGAAAUCUGAUGCGGUGCUGCUGCUCAGUCAGAAGCAGUCCCUGGAGGAGCUGAGGCAGACUGUGCAGCUGCUGCGCUGCACAGAAGCCAAGCUGACAGCCCAGAAGGAGCUGCUGGAGCAGAAGAUGAAGGAGAACGAGGGCAAGGAGCCGCCACCUGUGGUCAACUACGAGGAGGAUGCGCGCUCUGUCAACUCCAUGGACAAAGGAAAAGACAAGGUGUCCAAGUUUGACACCUUACGCCAUUCCAUUGCCGGCAUCAUCCGAUCCCCUAAGUCAGUCCUCAGCUCUUCCUCAUUUUUUGACGUGAUCCCUACGAGCGACAAGCCCCUGGGUGAGCAGGAGUGGUACCACGGUGCCAUUCCUAGAAUCGAGGCCCAGGAACUGCUCAAGCAGCAGGGCGACUUCCUGGUGCGCGAGAGUCACGGCAAACCUGGGGAAUACGUGCUCUCUGUUUUCUCCGACGGACAGCGGCGCCACUUCAUCAUCCAGUACGCCGACAACCAGUAUCGAUUUGAAGGCACUGGAUUUCCCACUAUUCCUCAGCUAAUAGAACACCAUUACACGUCAAAGCAAGUGAUUACCAAGAAGUCGGGUGUGGUGCUGCUGAACCCCGUUGUUAAGGAUAAGAAAUGGAUAUUGAACCACGAGGAUGUCAUUCUUGCGGAGCUUCUGGGGAAAGGUAAUUUUGGAGAAGUCUAUAAAGGGACGCUGAAAGACAAAACCCCGGUUGCAGUGAAAACCUGCAAAGAAGACCUACCGCAGGAGCUGAAGAUAAAAUUCUUGUCAGAAGCAAGGAUCCUGAAGCAGUAUGACCACCCAAACAUUGUGAAGCUGAUAGGUGUUUGCACACAAAGACAGCCUAUUUACAUUGUGAUGGAGCUUGUUCCAGGAGGCGAUUUCCUGUCUUUUCUACGGAAGAAAAAAGAGGACCUGAAAACGAAACAGCUGCUUAAAUUUGCUUUAGAUGCUGCAUCGGGGAUGGCGUACCUCGAGUUGAAGAACUGCAUCCACAGAGACCUUGCAGCUAGGAACUGUCUGGUGGGAGAAAACAACCUGUUGAAAAUCAGUGAUUUUGGAAUGUCAAGACAAGAGGAUGAUGGGAUUUACUCUUCAUCUGGACUGAAGCAGAUUCCCAUCAAGUGGACUGCCCCAGAGGCCUUAAAUUAUGGGAGAUACAGCUCAGAGAGCGACGCUUGGAGCUACGGAAUUCUUCUGUGGGAGACAUUCAGUUUAGGGAUGUGUCCAUAUCCAGGAAUGACAAACCAGCAGGCGCGGGAGCAGGUGGAGAAAGGUUACAGAAUGUCCUGUCCACAGAAGUGCCCAGAGGAAGUCUACAAGAUCAUGCAAAAGUGUUGGGAGUACAAACCCGAGAACCGCCCCAAGUUCUCGGAAAUACAAAAAGAACUAGUCGCCGUGAAGAAAAAAUAGCAUGUGCGUUUGAAUGGGAGAACAAUUGGUCAUGUUCACUUGAUGCUGACGCGCGGAGACCACGUUCGCGUAUGUUUCAGCAUCAACACUUGCCCGUCACUGACCGCGCACUUGUGCACGGUCGCGAGUGGUGUCGGCAGUCCGUUGUGUCGAACUGCCUGCUCCGCAGUUUUUUUUGGACCCCUUGGCAUCAAAAGAGGAUUCUGCUCUGCUUCGCACAGCCAAAUAUCCCAGCAUUCCUUGGGGCAGUGUUUUACAUGUUGUUUUGCUCAUGCCUUUAUUUACUUUUUCGCUGAACCCGUACUCAACAUCAAAUGUAUACCAGCGUUACCGUGGGGCCGUGAGACUCCUGGUCUUUACGAAUGUUGAGUUAAAGGUCUGAGUCUCCGUGCCACGAUGUAAGCUUGCUUCAUCUGCCUUUGGUAAGAGUGUUUCCUGAAUAGCAGUUGUACAUGGUUUUACUGGCAGUCCACUCAGCAGCUCUUUAAUGUUCCUUGUCAGUCAAUCGAUUAAAGCAAAAAUGGAGAAAU